CAGUUCUCGUUGAACAAGUCCUGUUGGCUACCUAUCGUUGAGCAUAGACAGCUGGUGGCCCCCCGAUUGGAGCUUGUCAGCGAGGCGGGCCGCGUCAUUGGUCUGGAGCUGGCUGUGAGAGCAGUGGCUCGGUACGGCGCCCCACUUCAGUGCAGCUCUCUCCACGAUGUAGGGGAAAGGGACGCCGCCUGCCGCAUUGCUCGCCGAUGGGUGGAUUAGCUUGUAACAUCACCACUGCUGUCGCGUCCUCCCAGUUGUUAACAAUUGCUGCAUAUUCCGCUUGUCUCACGUUCGCGCCCCUCUCUCCCAGACCUUGACGGCCUUCUUUCCGCCCCGGCCUAUGUCCAUGCGGUUCAAGGGACCUUCCGAAUUGGCAAGGUAAUUCCGCAGUGAAGCAUCUACCCGACCCGCAUGCCAUCCCUCGUCCUCCCCAGAACCGACGCCUGAAAACGAAAGACGCCAUGUCGUACUUCUUUGCGACACCCGUCGACAUCGAUGUCGUCCUCGAGGAUGGCGACGACCGGUCCAUGGUCGACGUCAAGCUCGACAAGAACCGGCGCGAGAAGGCCCCCCUUUACAUGGACGGCGAGUCGGUGAAGGGCGCCGUGACAGUGCGGCCAAAGGACGGCAAGCGGCUAGAGCACACGGGAAUCAAGGUGCAGUUCAUUGGGACCAUAGAGAUGUUCUUCGAUCGAGGCAACCACUACGAGUUCCUUUCGCUAGUGCAAGAGCUCGCCGCGCCGGGCGAGCUGCAACACCCGCAGACGUUCGACUUCAAUUUCAAGAACGUGGAGAAGCAGUACGAGUCGUACAACGGCAUCAACGUGAAGCUGCGAUACUUUGUGCGCGUGACGGUGUCGAGGCGCAUGGCCGACGUGAUCCGCGAGAAGGAUAUCUGGGUCUACAGCUACCGCAUCCCUCCCGAGAUGAAUAGCAGCAUCAAGAUGGACGUGGGCAUCGAGGACUGCCUCCACAUCGAGUUCGAGUACAGCAAGAGCAAGUACCACCUCAAAGAUGUCAUCGUCGGCCGCAUCUACUUUCUGCUGGUGCGCCUCAAGAUCAAGCACAUGGAGCUCAGCAUUAUCCGCCGUGAGACAACGGGCGCCGCGCCUAACCAAUAUAACGAGAGCGAAACGUUGGUGCGCUUCGAGAUCAUGGACGGCUCGCCGUCAAGGGGAGAGACAAUACCUAUCCGACUUUUCCUCGGCGGCUUCGACCUCACGCCUACGUUCCGAGACGUCAACAAGAAGUUUUCCACAAGAUACUACCUCAGCCUAGUGUUGAUUGACGAAGAUGCGAGGAGGUACUUCAAGCAGUCGGAAAUCAUUCUCUACCGACAAGCUCCAGAACUGGCCAACGCCCAAGAACCGUUCCCAGCACCGCCGGAGAGCAAAUUCGCCACAGUGCAGGCGUAAAUGAGAAAGCGAAAGGAAGCGAGCAUUCGGACGGGAAAGGCAGGCGAUAGCGGGUAUUCUUUUACGGGACGUAGGCGAAUUUGUAUGCAUUGUAACAUGAGAGACUGCCGUAAUUUUUCUAGCACUGGCGUCACUGUUCGGAUUGUUCGGAUUGCUGCGCUUGCUAUUGGCGCCGCGGCAGCAAGCCGUUUGCUGCAAAACACUGUCAAGGAACUGUUCGCCAAGAAAGCACAGGCCAACAAUUACUUCAUACCUUCUAUUAU